AUGGGGAGCUUCCCAGAUAAGAAUCCCAUUCCCUCAAAAUCAGCUCAGGUCUGCUCGCCCAUCCAGAAACUGCGCGGAGAGCUGGUGUCUCUGGUAUUGGGCCAUGGGGCUGCCUGGUCUGAAGAACUGGAAAAAGAUCUGCCUAGCUCCUGGCAGCGGCAUGGGGACCUAGUCCUGCUGAGUGAGGACAGCUUCAGAGCGACGCUGUGGGGAGAGAUGGGACAAGAGCUCUGGGAGACGGUCGCUGGUGCGAUGGGAGCCAAACGUCUAGGAAGGCGUGGCCGUGUACGGUCAGAUUCCUUUCGAUCACCCGCAGUCACCUUGUUGUUGGGGGAAGAUGGCUGGGUUGAACACGUGGACAACGGAAUCCGAGCUUGCAGCCAGCCGCUUUCCCCUCCUUUGUCCUCAGGGAUCGGCUAUUUCACUCUGCCCUACCUGGUUCAUGCCGGUGCUGCUUUCGUUCAUGCUUGCGAGUGGAACCCCCAUGCUGUGGAAGCCAUGCAACAGAACCUGCAACUGAAUGGUGUUCGGCAUCGGUGCCGCAUUCACCAGGGAGAUAACCGGAAGCUGGAACUGCGAGAUGUGGCCAACAGGGUGAAUCUGGGACUCAUCCCAACGUCGGAGGAAGGCUGGCCUGUUGCCUGCAGGGUCUUGCGAAAGGACGUGGGAGGGAUCUUGCAUAUCCACCAGAAUGUAGAGUCCUUUCCUGGGAAGGCCCUUCAGCCAGGACAGGAUCUCCAGCUUCCGGUGUCCAAGAGUCAAGAGGACAAAGGGGUCCAGGGGGGGAAGGAUACGGUAUCAGGGGCUGGUAGGAGGGCCCUGUGCCCCACAGCCCACACGACGUGGCAGAAGUGGGCAGAGGAUACAGGAACCCAGAUCAGGACGUUGCUUCAGAAGUUGGAUGGGAAGCCGUGGCAGACAAACGUCCUGCACAUUGAACUUGUGAAAUCCUAUGCUCCCCAUGUGCACCAUAUAGUGCUAGAUCUGGACUGUCGCCCCCUUUCAUAGCACCCAGGGGCAGCCCCAGAACGUCCUCUUCUCUUCACGGCAAUGAACAAGCAAAGUCUCAGUGGAAACGAGGCCGUGCACAGGUGGCAGGCUCAAGGUCAAUGAAAAGCUGGUAUCGUUGGGACCUGACCUGAAUGGGCCAGCCUAGCCCAGUCCCAUCGGAUCACAGAAGCUAAGCAGGGUCAGCCCCGGGCUGUGCUUUGAUGGGAGACC